CACUGCAGCAUCAGUGGAAAAAAGACAGGAGAAAAGACACGACUCAGUGGACAGGAGAGACACAGUGAAGACAGAGAAGAAGAAGAAGAAGGGAGAGAGAGAAAAGGGAUAAAGGAGAGGCACAGAGAGACGAAGCACCUGCAGAGAGUCGGCAGGUGGAGCAGGACUGAGAGUCUCACUCCGCCUGGGCAGUGAAGGCAACACACACAAACACAGUUGUUUACUUGUCUCCGCUCUGCAGAGGUUCUGGGAGGUCCCUGAAGUGUGUGUGAGUGUGUCUGCUUGGCUGGGAGGGUGUGUGUUUUCUGUGUGUUGAUGAGUGUGUGGGCGUCGUGCGUCACUUUUCAUGGGACAUUGAGAGAUGAGUGUGUCACAGCGUCGGUGGACGUGCUAUAGGGGGCCGUGCUCCCCCACCCUCCCCCUCCUCCUCCUCCUCCUCCUGCCUCUGUCCUUCCUCUCCUCCUCCACGUCUCCGUUUGCUCAGGGAGCCAUCCACAUCCCCAAAGGCUACAAAGUGCUGAACAUGUCACAGCCUCCAGUGCUCACAGAGAUGCCGACAUCAUACACAGCCUUUUCUCAAGAGGACAUCUACCUGCCCUGUGAGGCCUCCGGGAACCCGACACCAACUUUCCGCUGGGUGAAGGACGGCGAGGCGUUCGGCUCGGAGCGUCAAGGAUCCGGGACGCUGCGGGCCGAGGACGAGGUGCCCCUCAUGUCCUACGAAGGCCACUACCGCUGCUACGCCUCCAACACCCUGGGGACGGCCGUGACGCGCAGCGUGCAGGUCAUCGUGGAGGCGCAACCGGUUCUUCUGAAACAACAAAAAAUACGUAAGACAGCUCACGAAGGGGAAAGCUUCGUCCUGUCCUGCAACCCUCCAGAAAGCUCGACUCCUCCGCUCAUCCACUGGAUGGACAAGAAGAUGGUGCACAUCACGCAGAAUGACAGGGUGGUGGUCGGCCUCGACGGGAGCUUGUUCUUCUCCAAUCUUUGGAAGAACGACAGCAGAAACGACUACAUCUGCAACGCCCAGUAUUCAGCAGCCAGGACCAUUCUGCCUGAGACCGCCGUGAGCCUGACCGUCCUGCCCAGUAAUGACGUCGUUCACGGGAGGAAACCACACUUCUUCCGUCCCGCUGGCCCCCACAGCUCUGUGCUGGCCCUCAGGGGCCACAGCAUCACCCUGGAAUGCGUCCCCAAAGGCCUACCCACACCAGAGAUGGAGUGGAAAAAGAAGGACGGCAGCCUGGCUGAAUCCAGCGGCAAACCCGAAAACCACAACCGCUGGCUCCACUUUGACAGCAUCACCCUGGAAGAUGACGGCGAGUACGAGUGUAGGGCCUUCAACAGCCACGGGUCGGCCACACACUCCUUCACGGUCGCUGUGGAAGCGGCUCCGUACUGGGUGAAGGAGCCUGCCAACCUGCUGUACUCUCCCGGGGAAACUGUGCGACUGGACUGUCAGGCUGAAGGCAUCCCGACGCCCAUCGUCACCUGGAGCAUCAACGGUCAGCCGCUCGCAGAGGUGGAUGACGACCCUCGUCGCAGCGUGUCAGGUGGUGUGUUGAUACUGAGGGAUGUUGAGUUCGCUGACACCGCGGUGUAUCAGUGCGAGGCCACCAACAAACACGGCUCGACGCUCCUCAACACGUACCUCUACGUCGUCGAGCUCCCCCCUCAGAUCCUGUCCUCUGACGGGGUCGUGUACCGAGUCACCGACGGCAGGAGCGUCGUGAUGCACUGCGAAUCCUUUGGCUCCCCACGACCUCACAUCACGUGGGAGGGCGAGGACAAGCUUCCUCUGCUGUCCGACCCUCGCGUCUCCCUGAUGACCAAUGGGACCGUCGUGCUGUCCGACGUCGGCGCGGACGACAGCGGCGCCUACACCUGCUCCAUCAAACACAGCAACAUCUCCAUCACUGCUCACCUGGAAGUCUUCAAUCGAACGCUGAUCCUGACGGGCCCCCAGGACCUGCGUACGCUGAGAGGAACGAGUGCUCGGCUGGACUGUCGCUUCUACAAAGACCCUCAGCUGCUCGACAACCAGAUCGUGUGGAAGAAAGAUGGACAAAAACUGCUCGAAUCGUCACCAGAUGACAAGUACACGGUCUUUCAGAACGGCACCUUGAAAGUGACAAACGUCCAAUCAAAAGACAACGGCUUUUAUUCCUGUGAAGUCAUCACUGCUCUAGACCACGUAAGCGCCACUGGCUCCAUCACUGUAGUAGACCGACCGGAUCCUCCCAAAGGUCUGUCGUUGUCUGAUGUUGACGACCACAGCCUGACUCUCAGCUGGAUCCCAGGCCACUCACACAACAGCCCCAUCAUGGAGUUUGUUGUGGAGGCCCGGGAGGAGCAGCACACGGAGGAGGGGAGGUGGAGGUGGGAGGAGUGGAAGAGAGUGCCCGGGGACUUCACUCACCUGCAGCUGAGACUCUACCCCUACUGCACCUACCGCUUCCGGGUCAUCGCCGUCAACGAGGUCGGCGCCAGCUUCCCCAGCGAGCCCUCAGUACACCACAGCACGCCGCCGGCUGUUCCAGACAGUAACCCCACUGGUGUCCGCAGUGAGUCCACAGACCCAAAGACUCUGAUGAUCACAUGGGAUGAGAUGGACAAGCGUUUGCACCAUGGCCAGGGCUUCCUGUACAGGGUGUCGUGGCGGGAGGCCGGGGAGACGAAUGCGCACUGGAACUCCGCCGACGUGCAGUCUCCGCCGUUCAUGGUGAACAACACAGGGACAUACAGACCGUUUGAGAUCAAAGUGCAGGCUGUCAACUCGCUCGGAACGGGACCGCCACCGGAGCCUGAGAUCGGACACUCCGGAGAGGACAAGCCUGAGGAAGCUCCCACCGGAGUUGAAACAACCGUGAUGAACAGCACAGUCCGAGUCAAGUGGAACGAAGCCCAGAACGUCCGAGGUCUGCUGCUGGGAUACAAGAUCCACAUCAGGAGGUUGGGUCCACAGGUGGGGCGGGGAAGGAGGUCUCUUGGAAAACUGCACCACGAGGAGGAGAAGGGGGGCAGGUUGGAGCGAGGGAAGGACAGAGACAGGGAGGGCAGGGUGGUGGUGGUCCACGGCAUGAAGACCUCAGAGGAGGUGACGGGGCUGCGGCUGUAUUCUCGCUAUGAGCUGACUGUCACCGCCUUCAACAGCAAAGGGGAAGGCCCCCAGUCCCCACCGCACCACUUCAGCACCCCAGAGGGAGCUCCUGGUCCUCCUGCAUCUCUGAGGUUCGAGAGCCCAACGGAGAAAUCACUGAUUCUCUACUGGACCCCUCCAGCUGAGACCAACGGCAUACUGCUGGGCUACGUGGUGCAGUAUCAGCAGGAGGUGGAGAGCAGAGACAGUCCGCUGCAGAUGGAGAUCAUCAGCGAUCCCAGUGUGACUCACAUUGAGCUGGACCCUCUGGACCCCGGCAGUCAUUACACCUUCAAAGUGAUCGCACGCACCGCCGCUGGAGAUGGACCUCCCAUCACACGGAGGGGCGCCACCCUUCUAGAAGGAGUUCCUCCAUCCAACGUCACCAUAGUUCCCGGUAACACGUCAUUCAACCUGAGCUGGGUGCCCGGAGAGCGAGACAGGAACCACGGCUUUCACAUCCACUACCUCAGGAAGAGCCCUGGGUAUGAAUGGGAGGUGUCAGAGGUGGUGAACUCCACGCAGGGUUUCUAUUCGCUGACAGGCCUCCAACCAGGAACUCAGUACCACCUUAGGAUCUAUCAAGAAAACGACACGCAGUGGGAGAAGGUGAUAUGGACCAUGGAGCCAGUGCCGUCGGAGAUGCACGGCGGGUUCGCCGCUCAGGGUUGGCUGAUUGGCCUCAUCAGCGCCAUCGUGCUGCUGGUGCUCAUCCUGCUCAUCCUCUGCCUUAUCAAACGCAGCAAGGGUGGCAAAUACGCCGUGAAGGACAAAGAGGACAAGGAGGUGGACUCCGAGGCUCGGCCAAUGAAAGAGGAGACCUUUGGAGAGUACAGAUCCCUAGAGAGUGAUGGAGACGAGAAGCGCUCGGACAGCCAACCGUCUCUCUGCGGGGACAGCAAGCUGGGCAGCGACGACUCUCUGGCCGAGUACGGAGACAGCGUGGACAUCCAGUUCAACGAGGACGGCUCGUUCAUCGGCCAGUACAGCGGCCGGGGGCCCGUCCCCCACGGCAACGAGAGCUCUGGCCCCGCCUCCCCCGUCAGCGCGGUCCCGCCUCCCCCCAUUGCGCCGUCCAUGUCGAGCAUCCUGAACCGCCACAGCUAGACACACAUGACAGAGGACACACAAACACACACAUAAACAUACAUGCUGCAACGAAACACAAAGGGACACACCACUGCUGACUACACACACACACACACACACACACACACACUGCCUCAGUACAUUCCACAGGUUUAUGCAGUGAAGCUGUUUACAGGAUGUUUUGCCUUUUGUAUGACAAGUUUACACACACAUACAGAAACACACACACACACACCUGAAGUGAGACGAGUCUUCACUCUGCUAUGAGAAUGAGAGACAGAAGGACGUUGAGGACAGGAGACGGCUGCUGCACCAGCUCUUUGUUUCGUUAUACCGACAGCUGACAUGUAGAAGUUAGUCGAGACUAAACAUUCACAAACAGUAACUGAGACGAGAACCAAACGAGAGGAAAAACACGAAGGGGCGAACACGUUUUACAGGUAAAACGUGACCAGAAUGUGGGUUGUCCUUCCUUGUUUACAUUUUUGAAGGCUGCCUGAUUGGACGCAGAUGUCACUGGAAGGCUUUUCCCGCUCGCAGACAUGCGGGGCACAAAUCACGCCGGUGGUUUACAUGAUCAGCUGAAAAUGAAAGCCGGUAGAGGAGAUGAUGUAACCACACACUCCGGUACAGUAGGGGGCAGUGUGCACCUGAGCCUUUCUUACCCUCAGACUGCAGGUGAGGCAGGGUUUACAGAGAGCUGGUGCAGCUCAGUCCAGGAGAGGAAGAGGAUGGCUGAUGAAGAGAGGGACGAAGAAGAGAGAAGAGGAAGUCAUUUCGUCUUUCAUUAUUUCAUCUCGUACUAACGUUUUAUAUUAUUUAUAUUCAUUUUUCAUGUGAAUGCCACCUGUUUCAGUUCUGUUUUUUAUUUUUUGUGCACCCUUGUUGCCGUGUUGUUAGUGUGCGUGUGUCUGCGGUUGAUCUUGCUGUUCCUUGGGGUGUCAGACGUGUGAUGCGAGCCUUGCGAGGCGUUCGAGGUCGCCGAGUUGAUCUUCGCAGCCUGUCAGCUCGUGUGUCUGUGUGUGAUUGUCUGUUCUCCAUCCCUGCAGCCAUGCGAGUCCUGUUGCCUUAAGGGAGACCAGUCGAGCCUCCUCCUCUCCUCCGUCUGCCGGCCGGCCAUUUCGCCUCCUCACAGGCGUUCCUCUUCCCGUCGUCCUCCUGUGUGCUCAGGGCGAUGAUGUCACGGCGGCCCUGAGAGCCGUGGAGGCGGGUUGCUCCGCCUGCUUGUGAGCUGCAGUUUGUUGAUCUCUCAGGGCCACCGCAGAUCGUGAUGACGGACAGGAAGACGCUCCUGUGUGCACACACACGCAUGCACACACACACACACACACACACACACACACACAGAUGUAAAAUGGAGGCCUAUGGAAACCAGUCCUCUGUAGCAAACCCACACAGGACCCUCUGAAGGGAGAGGGAGGGUGGAGGAAGAGGAAGGAGGAGAAUCUGACGUCUUGUUCUCUGAAUGUAAAUAGAACCUUGAGAUUGUCGUUUUUUAUUUCCAUUGCUUCUUUUAUAAGAGGGUCAAAUUGUGAUGUUUUUUAUUAUUAUGCUGUUUGGUUUUGCCCUGCAGCGCUCCAUCACUGACCUGCUGCAGCCUUUGUAUCAUACAACCCCUCACCCCUGUCACCCAUCACCUCUCACCCCCUGGCCCCCAUCAUCCCCUCAUCCCUUCGCCCUGUCACCACCAUCAUCCCCUCAUCCCUUCGCCCUGUCACCACCAUCAUCCCCUCACCCAUCACCCCUCACCCCUGUCACCCAUCACCUCUCACCCCCUGGCCCCCAUCAUCCCCUCAUCCCUUCGCCCUGUCACCACCAUCAUCCCCUCACCCAUCACCCCUCACCCCUGUAACCCAUCACCUCUCACCCCCUGGCCCCCAUCAUCCCCUCAUCCCUUCGCCCUCUCACCCCUGUCACCCCUCACCCAUCACUCAUAAUCGCCUCACCUGUCACCCAUUACCCCUCACCCCCGUUACCCCUCACACCUUCGUCUCCUCUUAGGUUUUCCUCUUGUGUCGAUUAGAACAGCGAACUGAGGUUCUUUAUAGCGACGCAGCAGAUCAUUUUCAGACGUCGUGUUGAGAAUUUGUGCUGUUUUAGCAGACUUGGGCGAGUCGCGUCCGUGUCUUCUGCAGCCCAGGAUGGAGCGAUACUGCAAAUCAGUCUGAAUACUUAGAGGUUUUGUUCUCGUGGCUUCAGUGUGUCUGAAACUUGACGUGAAGGAGGACGGCCUAACGGGGACUUCCUGUGAGCGUUGGGAUCCACUUUGUUUCUUGUGUUUGUGGAGCAGAGAGGGACUGGAUUUCACACACAGAGAUCUCCUGAAGUCUGACCCCCUUUAGAAACUCCUCACAAAUGUAGACAUUAGUUUGAUUUUUGAUUUUUCUCUGUAGUUUCCUUAAACAUCUGCUCAUUUUUAUCAACCAUGAGCAAAUAGUGCAUUUAUGUUGGACUACUUUCAGAGGCGGAUUAAUCCACAUUUGGUGCUCUCGUGAAUAUCUGGGACAGCAGGACUACCAUUAACCAUGUUGAGUAUUUUAUUUUCAAGAAAAAUUAUUUGCAUAUUUUCUGAUUCUUUACUCCUCAGUGACAGUAAACUGGAUUUUUUUUUUUAGGUUCAGAAUCAGAAUACUUUAUUGAUUGGGUGGUUGUGGACAGAGCAGGACAUUAACGUCACACUGGGCUUUCUGACAUUUUACAAACCAAACACUGUAAAAACAACUUGUGUCCACACGGCAUUUCCAAGUGGUUCUGUUUUCAGCAAAACCCCUGAACAUACCGUGAUACAGCAGGAGGUCCACUUGACCCUGGACCCUGUCCCCCUUCAGUCAUCUCUCGGUGUGAAAGUCCAACAUGUGGCCUUGUUAAACGCCUCCGGACUCCGGUGUUUCUCUCUGCUCCAGAUGCUGACUGAACAUCACUCAGUCUGCCUGUCUGCCUGUCUGUCUGUCUGUCUGUCUCUGUCGCAGCCUUCUUUUAUACAUAUAAACGCAUUGGGGGGGUGCAAAAAAAAUAACAAACAAAAAAAAAACAAAAAAACUUUAGGUAUGAAUAAUAACAAUACUGCAAAUGAUAACAUUGAUAGCAACAACAGUGCUACCAUCAGUUACGAUGACGCGGUCAGUAUUGUCAUCAGUAGCGAUGAUAUAAUCACUAAGUAACACAAUGGAAUGAAUCAGUAUCACAGGAUCUAGCAGGAACUUGAUGACAGUGGAGGUGGGGGGGCAGCUGUGGUGUGUGUGUGUGUAGGUUCAGCACACACACACACAGGGUGGGGGGUGGGGGGGUGAGAGUGUACUGCAAUAUUGAGGUGUGCUGAUGUUGUACCUGCUUGUUGCAUUGUGCUCUGUACUGUAGCUGACAAACUAACCCCAGACUGCCAACUAACCAAUAAACAUGGACGACACGUAUCCUGAACACA